AUGACUUUCAUUUUGUUUGGCUUAAUACUUAUACUUACUCAAACAGAUAUUAAAUCUUGGAUUCUAAUAAAAUACUCUUUGUUUGUUUGUACUAUAUUCUUCUCUUUUAACCAAAGUUAUAGAGACUUAUAUAAUUUCUAGAAUGAGCAUCUUAGUAAUUAUGAAUAAAUAAUCGAAUACUCAAAGUACUUAGCCUUUUUGUGA